CAUUUCAGCUCGCGCGCCAAGACGCCGCGUGUCAGAACAGCGCUGCAUCUCCGUAACGCGAGGAACUGCAAUAAACAAUCUUUCCUGAAAUCCCAAACUAAAGCCCGGAAUCAGAAAAUGACAUCUAAAAAGCAAAGUUUAUUGAGAGAGGCGUCUCAUCAGAUCAUUGCGGGUGGAUCAGCAGGUCUUGUGGAGAUUUGCUUGAUGCACCCGUUGGAUGUUAUGAAGACCAGGUUUCAAAUCCAAAGAGGGAAAGGUGACCCAAAUAGCUAUAAAGGCCUUGGAGACUGUUUCAGAACUAUAUAUCGCACUGAGGGAGUGUAUGGCUUCUACAAGGGAAUCCUUCCCCCAAUUUUGGCCGAGACCCCAAAGAGAGCAGUGAAGUUUUUUACCUUUGAGCAGUACAAGAAGCUGUUGAGCUUUAGUCCUUUAUCACCCGGCCUGGCUCUCUCUGUGGCUGGCCUGGGGUCAGGGUUAACCGAGGCACUGGUUGUAAAUCCAUUUGAAGUAGUGAAAGUGAGCCUACAGGCCAACAGGGAUUCAUUCAAAGUGCAACCCUCUACGUUUGAACAGGCCAGAACUAUUAUAAACGCAGACGGCUUUGGCCUCCGUGGCCUUAAUAAGGGCCUGACCUCCACCCUUGGACGGCAUGGCAUUUUCAACAUGAUCUACUUUGGUUUCUACUUCAACGUUAAAGAUGCCAUACCUGCCAGUCAGGACCCUCGACUGGAAUUCAUGAGGAAAUUUGCCAUCGGUUUGGUUUCGGGAACAGUCUCGUCCUGUGUGAAUAUUCCUUUUGAUGUCGCUAAAAGCCGUAUACAGGGUCCUCAGCCUGUUCCCGGGGAGAUCAAGUACCGUAGCUGCUUUCAGACCAUGGGCCUUGUGUACCGUGAAGAAGGAUAUCUUGCCUUAUACAAAGGACUGAUACCCAAGAUAAUGAGGCUUGGACCAGGAGGCGCAGUUAUGCUGCUGGUUUAUGAAUAUGUAUCUGGCUGGUUGCAGAAGAACUGGUGAUAAUCUGCACAUCACCAUCAGUCUUUACUCCAUCGUCCCCCAGGUCUAUCAAACAGAGUUCCUCAGCAAUCAC